AUGUCUGAUCCCGUCCUUGCUGAACACCAAACUCUCCUCCCUCCCCCAGCGCCACCGUUACCACCUCCUCGUCUAGUCCAAUUGCAAAAGAUCAUUGCUCCCUGGGGACCCCAUACUGGCGCAGACUACUACCAUGGCGGCCCAGCACAAAGCGACCAUGAUCACGUCGCUGGUCGAAUCACCAACACACACACGUACAGUACUUUCACAUCGUCCCAAAACACGAGUCAUCGCACCGGGAUUCCCAUCGCUGCCCUAGACAUCAACUCAUCCGGCACACACGCGGUCCUCGCUGGCAAAGAGAUCCUGAAGACUAUCCGGGUCGAGGAUGGAACUGUCACUGACGCCUUCAAUAUCCGAACAGCCGUUGCGUCCUCCGCUUCUUCACAGACCUCUCCUCAAUUGGACGGCCCGGGCAAGAGACGGGAUUUUUUGCCCGCAAGAGAUGUCAAAUGGUCCACAGGCAAUUAUAAGCAUAUCAUAGCAACUGCCGCCACCAGUGGCCGUAUUUCGCUGUACGAUCUAAAUGUGGGAGGGGCGUCAAAGCUGGAGCUGGCAUGGCUCCACGAGCACACCAACCAGAUCAAUAAAUUGGAUUUUGACCCUUUUGCUGGUUACCUCCUGCUAUCCGCUAGCCAAGAUAAGUCGGUCAGACUGUGGGAUCUACGUGAUGGCAAACGCGACCGCUCUCGUUUGAGGUUCGAACCCCGGAUACCUGUGAGAGAUGUUCGGUGGUCGCCAUCAGAACCACUAGACUUUGCCAUUUGUACCGACAGCGGCGUCAUUCAAAAAUGGGACGCUCGUUCUCCAUUAGGCCCAAAGUUGAGCAUUAACGGCCAUGAAAAAGCGUGCUACUCGCUCGAUUGGCACCCUGAUGGGCGCCAUGUCACCUCGGGUGGGUUUGACAAAUAUAUCCGAGUCUGGGACUUUCAGAACGACAACAAGCGACAGAAGCCCGUUUUCCAGCUCAGGGCACCCAGCGGAAUCAGAAAUAUCAGAUGGAGGCCUCCCUGCAGAGCAUCCGAGACCACCGACUCAGGUCACUGGCAAAGCACCCAAAUCGCAGUCUCCUAUACCCAUGAUGAUCCAAGAAUUCACACUUGGGAUUUGAGACGCCCAUGGCUGCCCUUUCGCGAAUUAGACAGAUACAAUUCGGCCGCAAAUGACCUCCUAUGGGCCACCAAAGACAAGUUGUGGACGGUUGGUGAUGAGGGCGUCUUCACUCAGUGGGACCUCAAGCACGGUGCCCCGUUCUAUAAUGAAAUCUCCCCCUGCACUUCCACCUUCACUCCGGAUGGCGAGUACUAUAUGUUUUCCGAGCGCAGAGAGCUCCCUCGUACUUCAGCGGCCGAGGACCCCGCUCUUGGCUUUCUCAGUAUCCCGCGGGACAAAUUGAGUAGUGGUGAUGAUCCUACGGCGAGUCGAAGUUUCACCGAUGAUGAGAAUCCCCUGGACUCUCAUUUGUCGUCAACUCAUGGCCGCAUUGAAAGGGGUUUACGAUCAUCCAAGUCCACCAAAUCACAAGCCAAUAGCCCCCUCUCUCUGGAAGAGAAGCCUCCUAUUCUGUCCCUAGAUAGAGCGGUGUUCCAGCGACCAGACCUGUUUAACAAUGACCAAUUCGGGACCGCUAAUUGUGUCCCCGGGAUAGCUACAGAACUCGGGAUAGUGCAGUACCUUGCGUCGAAUUAUGCCUCCCCAGCAACAGCCGAGGAAAGGGUGCAGUCUCCCAGUACAAUACUCGAGCGCCUCGAAGCGGCGUUUUACCAAAAUGCCGUUGCCUGCGAUGCAGUGUCUCUCCAUCGCAUGGCGCAAUCGUGGAGGAUACUGGGUGCUGUCUUCGUUCCUGAGUUGAGAGAUUGGGCAGAUGCAAAUCGUUCGCAACGGCGAGCAGAAGCCGGGAAGCGGCGCGAAAUGCUGGAGCAGUUCCGCGCCGGAUCUCACCGUUCAAUUCUCUCACCGCUUCCUGGUCUUACUGGUCGCGGCUCCAAGGCUAAAGGGGACGCCAAAUCUCACAGGUUGAUGAGCAGCCUUUUAAAAUCUACCGUGGAAUCCGACAGGCCCUUUCAUUCGGACAGCACAUCUAAUGCAACCACGCCACUGGUUAAACCAUUUCGAAACUCGCCAUAUUCGUCUCGGAGAGGAUGGAGCAAGUGGGCUUUGGAGGAAGAGGAAAUCGAUGAAGUGUUAACCUUACCCCCCUCUGUGCUGAGCUCUCACUCGACGGCAGCUGCCGCGGCCCGAGCCCUUGUUGACAGCCCUGGUCGAGGAACAGGGUCUGCCCCCUCCUCGCCAGAUGUCAACAGACAAUCCGCAACAACUACGUCCAAAGACCACAAUUCGCCCAACCCAUCACCCAAACCAUCAGCUGGCGUGCGAGAUGCGGGUACUUCGAGUCCGGCGAGAGGAAUUUCCGCCACGGGGACGACACAAGACGAUCGACGAGCAGCACUGCGCGACUAUCGGGUGCAAGCGAGACCAAUAUUCACCUUAGAAGGGUCCAGCAACACCCCUGCUCUUCAUCCUCGACACGACUCGGAUGAUAGCUUUCAAAUGUUCUCUGCCUCUGGAGACAGUUCGCAGCGAGCAAGAUCACUCGGACAGUCCUUUGAUUCCGCUGGCGGAAACGCCAAAUCUCACCACCAGCGCGCCGAAACUCCGAAUCACUCGGAACAGGAUGAUGAGACAGAGGAGGAGAGAGAUCUUUCGUUUGGAGAACCCCAUGUUGAAAAUAUCAAGGGGCAUGCGCGGUCAUUCAUCAAACCUUCCCAGAUCUCUGGUAGCGUAGCAGUUGAAACUCCACCCGACAUGAGCUUUGGUAGUGAUGCACCCACUGGUGCCCGCAUCCAGGUCUCGGCCCAAAAUGAUCCAGGUGCUUGGGACGCUGGACAGGAAGCACACUCGAUGCCCACGUCAGAAUUCCACACUGCCAUGUCAUCCACGCCUGAUAUCUUCCACUUUGAGGGAACAUCGCUGGACAAGCCUCGAAUCUACACAUCCAAUCCGUUGCGGGUGAGUGAAGCUCAUGAGAUUGGGGAUGAGAAAAGUUCGGGCCACCAGCCAGGUUUGUCAAAUUCCAUGUCAAUGGACGAACUGGACUGUGAAACGUACCUGAUAUCCGACUUCCGGCCCAUUGAUUUGUUCAACUAUGAGCCAAAAUCGCCAUUCGCCUGGUCGAGUUUACCACUGAUCUGCCAGAGUAUUGCGUUUGAUGUGGAGAACGGAAUUGGACACUCACAAUUUGCAUCACACCUUCUGAUGCAUGUGCAUCCCUACUUUUUCGAUGCGAGGUUUCGAAAGCUUAAAGGAGUUGAACCGGGUGGAACCAACAACCUGGCGGAUCGAUUGAUGACACCACACCUCGGGCACCGAAUCAUUGAAAGCAUCUUUGAUGCUCACCUAUCGUUCUUGCGACAAAUGCAACUGGUGGCAUCGGCUGCGGUGUUGCGGAAAAUGUGCGUAGAGUUUGAGUACCCAAGGUUAUACAUUUCUGCAGGAGGCGACAAGCAAGCUGGCAGCAGCCUCACUGAUGGCGAUGCUGCGAGCCUCUCGAUUGUGUGCACCACUUGCCACGGACAAAUGCCGUCAGGCAGGAACACAUGUGAACGGUGUCAACGGGUUCGAUCCGUAUGCCCGAUAUGUCUAUCGAUGCACACUGUUGAUCAAGAGGUGCCAAAUGCUUCGGAGACCAGGGACGCUGCAGGAUCAGUGUGGCCAUGGGGAAGCCAUGGCAGAAUGUGGACAUUCUGUCAGGCAUGCGGACAUUCUGGGCAUGUGAGGUGUAUGAAGGAAUGGUUCGCUGAACCAUCGAGCAACGGAACGUGUCCCACACAGGGCUGUGGCUGCGAUUGUGGUCCUGGGAAAACACGAGAAGCACGGAUAGAGCAACAAAUCAAACAAGAAGAGGAAGUCCGACUGAUUCGUGGCUUGAAUGGAAACCAUGGUGGUGGUGGAUCGACGAAACGAGACUCUCUGCGUGCAGGUGGAAGUCCGGCAGUAGACAAAGCCAGAGCAGCCCUCCGGAAAAGCAUUACGGGGGAUCGGGCUACACAGAGCGGCGAUGAGCGGAGUCUUGCCGGGAAAAGACUGUCUGGUGCAAGUCGGGCGCAAAUGUCAGGUUUCAGCGGUUCACGGAAGAGCGUUCGGUUAGUCACUCCCGGCGAAGAAAGCGGCGGCGGCCAAGACCAAUCUUCAUCGAGAUCAUGA